AUUUGUCAUACCUUUCAAAGUCAUUUAAAUCCAAUCUACACAAUUCGUUCGACUUUCCUAUUAAACACUACUGAAAAAUGGCGGAAGACUAUAAACCGGGAAGCGUUCCACUAGAAGAGCAAGAUGAUCGAAAGUUAUUCUGCAAAUAUCAUUAUAAAGGCGUUCUAAUUAUACUCAUACCCCUAGCACUUGCUCCCAUGUUCCUAGCAUUUCCGAUAUUGGUUUUCAGGUUUCUGUACUUGACCUUCUGCUUCUAUUUGUAUUACAUACUCAAUUUAAUGGCAAGAGGAGCAGCUGCCUUUAUAUACAUUACCCUAAUACCCGUUUGUGGUAUCGAAUCCUCGAAGCCACUCAGUAUCAGCUACUAUGCCGAUAUAAUAUUCCUAUGUUACGCUGCCGUUUUCAUGGGCGGUGCGAUGGAUACAUCUAAGGUUAGUGAACGCAUUGGAACAUUUAUGCUCGGCAUUUCCAAUGGCAAUAUAAAAAUGCUACAGAUAUUUUUGACAAUUUUGGUAAUGUUCAAUGCCGCCCUCGUCAAUCCCACACUGGCAGCAGCCUUUUGGAUGAAAGUGGCUCAAGCGGCGAUGGUUGAAUUGGACAAAGGUGGCGUUGUGAAACUCUAUUCCGAUGAAAAACCCUAUGAAGUUGGAUCGAAACCUUAUCCAUCAUUCCCGGCAGCUGGUAUUUUCAUAACAUGUGGCUAUGCUGCCAGUUUGGGUGCCAUGAUGUCUCCCCUUGUGAAUCCUAAUGGCAUCAUUGCUUCCAAAUAUGGGAUAGAUAUUUCGGGUUUGGUUAUGAUUACGGCUGGGCCCGCAAUAAUAGGUGUGAUAGUUAUGAUCGUCUGGAUCAAUCUCAUCUUCUUUGGAAUGCUGGGCGGUAAAACGAAGGCGGAUCUGCUGGAGGGGGCUGCCAAUAAGCCCGCCUUCAAGCAGGCACUCGUCGAUAAGAAAGCGAGUCUCGGAAGCUGGGACACGCAUGCCAAAGCAACCUUGAGCCUCAUAAUUUUGAUGUUUAUUCUGAUGGCCACUCGAAAACCGAAUAUCGUUCCUGGCUGGGACGAUUUUACCGGAUCAGUCACUUGUGGCAUCACCGUACCAGCAAUAUUUGUUGGAAUUCUAUUCUUUGCGGUGGCAGCGAAUUAUCUAUUUUGCCGAUAUUAUGUCUGCCGGGAACCGGAGAAACAGGGAACUGCCCCGUCGCUUGUGGGCUGGAAGACAGUGAACAACAUCUGUCCGUGGGCCGACAUCUUUAUGCUGGGUGCUGCAGUGAGUGGCAUCGUCAGUGGUGUCCCAAGUCAAUACUAUGCCACCGUGGUCAAGGCCUUAAAAACAGAUGAUGGAGGUCCUUUUCUGCACUUUCUUUAUGGCGCCUUAUAUGGAACAUUGCUGACAAUUUUAGCCCCGGCCACGACUGUGGCUCAAAUUGCUAUUCCAGUUGUCUCAGAAGCAAGCCGUAAUUUUUCGCUACCAUUUGCCACCGCGUUGCACAAUUCCUUUUUAUUGCCAACGAGUUCGGCAGCAAACACGCUCGUCAGCGGUUGGGGAAAUGUCAGACCUUACCUUUAUCUCAUUGCUGGAAUUGUCCCCACCAUUAUUGUCUUUUUGACGGUUUUCGGCAUGACCUCUCUCCUUCGGCCGUCCAUAUAUUAUACAUAAAGUUGAAAAGUGGCUGAUUUAUUGGUGUGUAGUGUAAAAGUCAAAUAAAAUUGUAGUGUAAUAAGUGAAA